GAGAAGCAGCCUCAUCAUCAUCAUCAUCAUCAUCGUCACCACACGCCAACAGGCCCCUCUGAUGUUCCUUCUCCAGCAUCUUUCCAUCACCCAGUUCAUCAUGGGCAGCGUGUAGCAACAACGAGCAGAGCCUUCUUUAUUUAGCCCAGACGCCCGCCCACGUCAGCAGUGAUGCCUCUCCCGAGACUAGAACACAACAUUAAGUUCCAGCUCUGUGAAUAGGUCUGGUGUCACUGGAGCGCCUCUCCGCGGGAGAACAGUCCGAGACGUGCAUCAUGCUGGACGGCAUAAAAAUGGAAGAUCAUCCCCUGCGAUCGGGACAAGCCACGCUCGGAGUCAUGCUCGGGACUGACUGUCACCAUCCCUCGGUGUGUGAAGGAUGCCAGCGUCCCAUCUCCGACCGCUUCCUGAUGAGAGUCAACGACUCGUCGUGGCACGAGGAGUGUUUGCAGUGCACCGUGUGUCAACAGCCCCUCACCACCAGCUGUUACUUCCGAGAAAGGAAACUUUACUGCAAACACGACUACCAACAGUUGUUUGCGACCAAGUGCAGCGGCUGCAUGGAGAAGAUCGCCCCCACAGAGUUUGUGAUGCGCGCCCUGGAGUGCGUCUACCACCUGAACUGCUUCUGCUGCUGCGUGUGCGACCGGCAGCUGAGGAAGGGCGACGAGUUUGUCCUGAAGGAGGGUCAGCUGUUGUGCAAGAUCGACUACGAGAGGGAGAAGGACUUACUCAGCUCGGUUAGCCCAGAUGACUCAGACUCAGAGAAAAGUGACGAUGAGGAGUUGGACAUCAAGCCCGAGAAAGGCAUAGGAGGCCAGGGGAAGGGGGAUGAUGGGAAGGAUCCCAGGAGGCCCAAAAGGCCCCGUACCAUCUUGACCACUCAACAGAGACGGGCCUUCAAGGCCUCCUUUGAGGUUUCCUCAAAACCCUGCAGAAAGGUGAGGGAGACGCUGGCUGCGGAGACGGGACUCAGUGUUCGGGUGGUGCAGGUCUGGUUUCAGAACCAGAGAGCUAAGAUGAAGAAGUUGGCAAGAAGACAGCAGCAACAACAAGAACAACAGAAUUCUCAGAGACUUGGCCAAGAGGUAAUGUCCAAUCGGAUGGAGGGAAUGAUGAACUCCUUCACGCCGCUGGCUCCGCCGCAGCAGCAGCUGCUCGCCAUGGAUCAGAACGGUUACAGCACAGACCCGUUCCAACAGGGGCUCACCCCCCCACAGAUGCCCGGGGACCACAUGAACCCAUAUGGUAAUGAUUCCGCAUUCCAUGACAUAGACAGCGACACGUCUUUAACCAGCCUCAGUGACUGCUUCAUGGCAUCGUCGGACGUCAACUCCAUGCAGGCCCGCGUGGGGAACCCCAUCGACCGCCUCUACUCCAUGCAGAACUCUUACUUUGCAUCAUGAAAGAGAAGAGUGAAAACACAUCAGCACAGAAUAAACUGCCCAUCUCAACCUAAAGCGCGAUGGCCAGGAGUUUCCACGCCAACACGGACACGACAGAAGAAAACCUCGCAGUAGCUCCUGGUUAUGUGCUGAAAGCUUACUCAAAGAUAGUAAAAAAAAAAACACUCAUUUGUAGGACAGUGAAGAUUCCUGGGGGGGAAAAAAAGACUUAAAUAUUGUUUAGGUUUAGGUUUGUUCAGUAGGAUUGUCACAGGGGAUGUUCUUUGUUCACUUAAAGCAAAACAAGUAGAUAUUGAAGCCACUGAUUACACACCUUCAAAACCAAAUAACAGUGAGUUUAUACAGUGCAUGAUCAAUUGUAAACUAAAACUUUUUGUAAGCCCCCUUGGUUAAGAUGUGGUGUUUGGACUGUUUCUUCUUUCCACUACAUGGAUUUCCAUGUUCACCGUUAGCAUUUUGAUCACUUUCAAUAGGUUUAGAUAUUGUGUUAAUAGUAAAUAGGUGCAGCAUGUCUGCAAGAGUGACUGUACAGUUGUGUAUGUAUGAGAGUUUGUGGUGAGAAAGAAUUGUUUCGAGGAGAAAAAAAGGCGGAGAAGUUGUAGUAGGAUCAGUAAAGUGUAAAUACUUUCCCCAGGCAAAUUGGAUGUGCAUGUUACAAAAUGGAAAGCAUUCUAUUUAUUUAACUAUAACAGGCUCUUGAAGGUGCAUAUUAAAACUGAAAAGCUUUAUUUAAAAAGGAGAGCAUUUUUUUGUUGUUGAGCAAUUAGCGAGUUCAUGAGUGUCACAGCUCAUCUGUAUGCCUUUUUAAUAUGAAGAUUAACCCUUUUGUUUCGUUUUUUUUUUUCUUCAGCCAAGCUGUAAAUGAGCAAUGUUGCUAUUUAUUUCGUACAGACCAUAAACCUUUUGUUGUCAUUGUCAUAUGUGCAUUCUCAAAAUGUUAAAGUUGCUAAUUGACCAAAGUUGACUGGUUUGAUGAAUAAACAAUGUCUUUCUCCUGAUAACAUUAAAUAAAUGCCAUUCAGUGAUCAUUCACGUGGUAAACAUGUUGAGUCCCAAAACGUCACCUGCUUCAUUGAAAAGCCUACAGCUCAUUACAGGGGGAUUUGUUU